AUGCCGGCCCUCUUCAGUCCCAAGUCCUCCUUCCAAGGAACUAUGUCUGCUCAGAUGACCAUCCUCUUCCACGGGGCACGUGGGCUGGUGCUUCCUGUGGCAGGAUUGGCAAAGGUGCUGGUGGGGAUGGAGCUGCUGUGGUGCCAUGUGUGUCCAUAUCUGUCCACACUUUACCUGCAUCGAAAACACCAAAUACUAGAUCAAGUCAGGCAAAAGGCUAUCCACAACCUGUGUGGCCCUGGGACCAACCAAGUGAUCUUAACAAAAGCCCAGUAUAAGGACACCAAGGAGCAGCGCAGGUCCAAGGCUGUCUACUCUGCCCGACAACCCCUAGCACCACUAGGCGCUGCUCUAGUGUGCGCCUGGCGCCCUCCCCAGACCAGUCGACGUAGAGCGCCCAGAGACCCAGCCAAGGGCAAGACCCUUAGCGACGCCAGCCAGUCCUCUCCGCCCAGAUAUCAGUUCAAAGGGCAUGGCAGGACAGUGUCCCCCGCACCACUCCAGACGACCCUCAGGCCUCGGGUGACCACUUUCUGGGGGAGCCCUCCAUUCCUUGCGGCAGCUUUUCGGAGAGCCGGAGUGGAGGCUCUGGGCUGGAGGGCUCCCCGCAGCCGCCCACCGGCGUCCUCUGGGGGCCCGGUCCCGACUGGGGCAGGAGGACCUGGACAGCGCCCCGGAGCCGGCGGUGGCGGGGACAGCCGGCAGCGCCGCCUCUUCGCGGCUAAAGGUGGGUGCUGGGGAAGUUUGCUCUUCUCCCAGGAGGGAGGCAGGGCAGGCUUGAGGGUGAAAGCGGCAAGGACCCGGGCUCACGCUGGAUUUGCCCACCCUCCCUUGCCGCAGCUUCUGUGGCCUCUGUGCGCCCUGGAUCCCCGAAGUCAGGUCCAUGCGCCGCGGACCAGAGAGGUCCACCCGCGGACGCCGGCCCAACCCCUGGGUGGGGUCCGGGGGCCAAGCAGAAGGCGAGGUCUGGGGAGUACGGACAACUUUGAGGGCUGUCUGUGCCGGGAUGGGAGCGCAGUGGUCAAUAAGCACAAGCCAUGGAUUGAGACUUCAUAUCAUGGAGUCAUAACCGAGAACAAUGACACAGUCAUUUUGGAUCCACCACUGGUUGCCCUGGAUAAAGAUGCACCGGUUCCUUUUGCAGGGGAAAUCUGUGCAUUCAAGAUCCAUGGCCAGGAGCUGCCCUUUGAGGCUGUGGUGCUCAACAAGACAUCAGGAGAGGGCCGGCUCCGUGCCAAGAGCCCCAUUGACUGUGAGUUGCAGAAGGAGUACACAUUCAUCAUCCAGGCUUAUGACUGUGGUGCUGGGCCCCGCGAGACGGCCUGGAAAAAGUCACACAAGGCCGUGGUCCAUAUCCAGGUGAAGGAUGUCAAUGAGUUUGCUCCCACCUUCAAAGAGCCAGCCUACAAGGCUGUUGUGACGGAGGGCAAGAUCUAUGACAGCAUUCUGCAGGUGGAGGCUGUUGAUGAGGACUGCUCCCCCCAGUACAGCCAGAUCUGCAACUACGAAAUCGUCACCACAGAUGUGCCUUUUGCCAUCGACAGAAAUGGCAACAUCAGGAACACUGAGAAGCUGAGCUAUGACAAACAACACCAGUAUGAGAUCCUGGUGACCGCCUACGACUGUGGACAGAAGCCCGCUGCUCAGGACACCCUGGUGCAGGUGGAUGUGAAGCCAGUUUGCAAGCCUGGCUGGCAAGACUGGACCAAAAGGAUUGAGUACCAGCCUGGCUCCGGGAGCAUGGCCCUGUUCCCCAGCAUCCACCUGGAGAUGUGCGAUGGAGCCGUGUCUUCCCUCCAGAUCGUCGCAGAGCUGCAGACUAAUUACAUUGGGAAGGGUUGUGACCGGGAGACCUACUCUGAGAAAUCCCUUCAGAAGUUAUGUGGAGCCUCCUCUGGCAUCAUUGACCUCUUGCCAUCCCCUAGUGCUGCCACCAACUGGACUGCAGGACUGCUGGUGGACAGCAGUGAGAUGAUCUUCAAGUUUGAUGGCAGGCAGGGCGCCAAAAUCCCUGAUGGGAUUGUGCCCAAGAACCUGACCGACCAGUUCACCAUCACCAUGUGGAUGAAACACGGCCCCAGCCCUGGUGUGAGAGCCGAGAAGGAAACCAUCCUCUGCAACUCAGACAAAACCGAAAUGAACCGGCAUCACUAUGCCCUGUAUGUGCACAACUGCCGCCUCGUCUUUCUCUUGCGGAAGGACUUCGACCAGGCUGACACCUUUCGCCCCGCGGAGUUCCACUGGAAGCUGGAUCAGAUUUGUGACAAAGAGUGGCACUACUAUGUCAUCAAUGUGGAAUUUCCUGUGGUAACCUUAUACAUGGAUGGAGCAACAUAUGAACCAUACCUGGUGACCAAUGACUGGCCCAUUCAUCCAUCUCACAUAGCCAUGCAACUCACAGUCGGCGCUUGCUGGCAAGGAGGAGAAGUCACCAAACCGCGGUUUGCUCAGUUCUUUCAUGGAAGCCUGGCCAGUCUCACUAUCCGCCCUGGCAAAAUGGAAAGCCAGAAGGUGAUGUCCUGCCUGCAGGCCUGCAAGGAAGGGCUGGAUAUUAAUUCCUUGGAAAGCCUUGGUCAGGGAAUAAAGUAUCACUUCAACCCCUCGCAGUCCAUCCUGGUGAUGGAAGGUGAUGACAUUGGGAACAUUAACCGUGCUCUCCAGAAAGUCUCCUACAUCAACUCCAGGCAGUUCCCGACAGCGGGUGUGCGGCGCCUCAAAGUCUCCUCCAAAGUCCAGUGCUUUGGGGAAGACGUAUGCAUCAGUAUCCCCGAGGUAGAUGCCUAUGUGAUGGUCCUGCAGGCCAUCGAGCCCCGGAUCACCCUCCGGGGCACAGACCACUUCUGGAGACCUGCUGCUCAGUUUGAAAGUGCCAGGGGAGUGACCCUCUUUCCCGAUAUCAAGAUUGUGAGCACCUUCGCCAAAACUGAGGCCUCCGGGGAUGUGAAAACCACAGCCCCCAAAUCAGAAGUCUUAGAGGAAAUGCUUCAUAACUUAGAUUUCUGUGAUAUUUUGGUAAUUGGAGGGGACUUGGACCCAAGGCAGGAGUGCUUAGAGCUCAACCACAGUGAGCUCCACCAACGACACCUGGACGCCACUAAUUCUACUGCAGGCUACUCCAUCUACGGUGUGGGCUCCAUGAGCCGUUAUGAGCAGGUGCUACAUCACAUCCGCUACCGCAACUGGCGUCCAGCUUCCCUUGAGGCCCGGCGUUUCCGGAUUAAGUGCUCAGAACUCAAUGGGCGCUACACUAGCAAUGAGUUCAACUUGGAGGUCAGCGUCCUCCAUGAAGACAGAGUCUCAGAUAAGGAGCAUGUCAACCACCUGAUUGUGCAGCCUCCCUUCCUCCAGUCUGUCCAUCAUCCUGAGUCCCGGAGUAGCAUCCGGCGCAGUUCAGUGGUCCCAAGCAUUGCCACGGUGGUCAUCAUCAUCUCCGUGUGCAUGCUUGUGUUUGUCGUGGCCAUGGGUGUGUACCGGGUCCGGAUCGCCCACCAGCACUUCAUCCAGGAAACUGAGGCUGCCAAGGAAUCUGAGAUGGACUGGGACGAUUCUGCACUGACUAUCACAGUCAACCCCAUGGAGAAGCAUGAAGGACCAGGGCACGGGGAAGAUGAGACUGAGGGAGAAGAGGAGGAAGAAGCAGAGGAAGACAUGAGCUCCAGCAGUGGCUCUGAUGACAGCGAAGAGGAGGAGGAGGAGGAAGGGACGGGCAGAGGCAGACAUGGGCAGAAUGGAGCCAGGCAAGCCCAGCUGGAGUGGGACGACUCCACCCUCCCCUACUAGUGCCCAGAGGUCUGCUGCCUGGCCCACAUGUCCCUUUUGUAAACCCUAACCCAAUGUAUGCCUACGUCUAUCAUACCUCACCUCUGAUGUCUGUGACACGUCUGGGAAGGCCUUCUCCAGCUUCCUGGAGCCCACCCUUUAAGCCUUGGGGACUCCCUGUGUCUCAUCCAUGGGGAAGUUCCAAGAAGCCCAGCAUGGCCAUCAGUGGGGACUUCAGGGUAGACUUUGUCCUGUAGCCCCCACUUCUGCCCUAAGCUCCCCAGCAUCCUGUCUACCUGUCUGCGGAGUCUGCCUUUGCUUUUUCCUGCAGAGAAGAAGGUCCACCUUUGUGUCACUCACCUCCCCAGGCUCACAGUCCCCAAGGCCCUGGGGUUCCAACUCACUGUGCGUCUCCUCCACACAGACCAGCAGGUCCUCCUAUGCUGACUCCAGGUUGCUUCACACAGGGAGGGUGGUUGGAGCUUCACACACCUAAGGUCUUAGUGCUUAACAGUUUAAAGGAAAGUCCUUGUUGAGGCAGAACUAAGUUCACAGGGAAAGGUACACACAUUCUCUCUCUCUCUGUCUAUCUAUCUAGUUCCCCAGCUUGGAGAGCCUUUCCCUUUGCUUCUUUCUGAGGCCACAUAAGCUUAGAAGAAAAUUCCUAAACCAAGAAUAGGUCCUUGGCCACAAACAGGGCCUGAUCCCCCAUCAGAGCUAUCUGAGCCUGCCUGCCUGGGCACCUGCUGCAACCAUGCAGCUGCCCUGCCAGGGGCGCUCACCACACAGAACCACAGGGCCCAGGAGGCAUUCCACACAGGCACUGCCCCAGG